AUGUUAAAGUCAGUUAUUUCUAAUAAGGAGAACUAAUUUCAUCGUAUUCAUUAGUAAAGAGCUGCUAGAAAAAUAGUAUAGAAUUGAAAUUAUUUCCAGAUUAACAAAAUUGGAAAAUCAACUCUUAAUCAGUCACCAAUACGAAAACAAGUUGAAAAUACAGCUUAAUAAAAUUUAGAAGCUUUAAGUUCCUAUUAAACUUUAUGCGAUAAUUAAUAAAGAAUUGAUUUAUGUAAGAAUUAGGUUAUCAAAGUAAAUCAACCGAAAAAUAAAAUAGAUUUUACUCAAUAAGAGAUAGUUGGUUGGGCUGAUGAUAAUAAAACUUUUGAAAAACAAUAGAAAUUAACAACUGAACAUAGCGUUCAAACAAGUAUUAAUUAAGAAAAAAAAGCGAGAAAAUCCUAUUCUCAAUAAACAUAAAGAAUCAAGACAAUUCCAAGAAUGAUAGAAAUACGAUAAAAAACUUCAAAAACACCUCUAAGAACUACAAAAAUUACUAGUCCUUUUAUUGAAUAUCCAAAUAUGCAAAAGUUUAAAUUAUUCUUUGAUAAAAAUAUAAAACAACAAAGAAUUCCUCAAUUAAUUAUAUGUGAUCGAUCUAUGAAUGCUAUUGAUGGAUUGAAUAGUAUUAGUUUUAAUAAUGUAACCAAAAAGCAAAUUUAGCAGCAUCGAAGAAAUCAAACUUUGUGUGUUGGGAAUAAAAUGAAUAAAAUAGACAUUAUUAAAGACAUUACUCAUUAUUUAUGA